AUGAGUGCGAUCGUGGGAAUUAUCGCGUGCGCGCUCGCCCUCGCGGACGGCGCGCGAGCGGCGACGGCGACGCGGGCGUACGUCGUGGAUGGGAGCUCGUGCGAGCGCGUGGAGACGAUGCGAGACGAGGCUUCGAUGGUCGACGGGCGGGCGACGCGAUGGAUUCGACGGGCGAGGACGAGAUGGGAGGGUUUAUGCGAUGAAGGCGCGGCGGCGCUGACGAUUGAGGCGGGAGAGGUGGGGUUGGAGGAGGUGAGUGUGGAGGACGCUCGGGCGCUCGGGCGGACACUCGGCGGAGCGUCGACCAUCGAGGUUUGGUUCGCGUAUCGAGGAACAGAGCGGCGAGGAGAGAUGAUGCCAUUAUUCACGAUCGAAGACAUCUCACGGAAGACGAUAAAGGGGAUGGUAUCGAUGGAUGGAAGCGGGUUAGCAAUGCUAGCCACGGAGUCGAGGGAGGCAUUCUCAUUAGGCAAACAAAACGACAAUACGACGUGCAUACACGUCGUUUCCGACAAAGAAGUGGCAAAGGUGUACGUAAACGCUCGUCUGGCGCUUGAGUCGACACGAGGUAGUCCGUGGAGGACACUGAAUGAGGAUGAUGGCGCGAUGGUUCGGCUUGGAGGCUCUGUCAGCUCUGCCGGUCUCAGUGAUGCUUGGUGGUCCGGAAACUUCUAUCGAUUCGCCGUGUAUCCUUUUGCAAUGGAUGCUGAUGGUGUCAACAAAAAUUAUGCAAAUCACUCAGUGAGUGAUCCAGUCGAGCACAAUGUCGAAGUCGAUGACAUUGACGUGACGGGUGCAAGCGUCGCUGUGUUUGGUGUUUCAACAAAAAUGCAAUUUGAUGUCGAUAAUCUCGACAAGAUGUGCGAUGAUGAUGAGCAGGCGUGUGAUUUGACCGUAGAAUCUGAGUUGAUUGUGCGAAAACUACCGCUCUAUGGCGAUUUACAUGCAUCCGAGACGCUUCAUGCCAUACAGGUGAACGAGCGAAUCGGAGCCAGCAAGAUGCGCUACACCGCCAAGAGCGCCCCAACGAGCAUCGACGGAUACUCUGACGUAUUCAGUGAUAGUAUCCAAUUUCAAAUCUCUGAUGACGACGUUGCGCAAAGGUUUCGUUUCGCAGUUGAGGUACAUAAGGGUGUGCUUGCAUGCGACAUCGAGCUCGUCACUGUCGAGGACAGUGUGGUUACCGUGACUCUCCAAGUCAUCGACACAGAGAGGGUUUCAGCGGACUUCGGCUUUGAAAUAAUGGCUGUCCAUGAGAGAAUAGCCCUUUUCUUUGAGAAUGGAACGACCAUCCCGGUCGGUGAGCGCAUGAAAGGGUAUCCAUGCGGCGCGCAGCCUUCAUGCAGACGUUUCACACUCGAUGAACACACGCAAAGAGCGUGUUUGAAGGUUGUGCUAAUCCCUCAUCGCGAUUAUUUCAACACGGACAGUGCGUUCGACGGUCCACAACACCCGCCAUGGCCCAUGGGGAAGGCUGUCGUCACGUACAUUGGAACGAGUGGUGAACAACCGUCGAAACAAGCGAGAAUAAAUGUCACUGUCACGGGCGAGUAUGACGACGUUCAGCUGAGCGUAAAUCAGACUUUAUUCAACGCUCAUUAUCUAAGAUGGGUCGGCAUGGGAAGAUUCCGCCUUCGAUCUAGAGAUUACGACGCUCGCAAAUUGAGAGUAUCCAUUCACUCGGCGCGUGCAAACUUGUUUGCCAUCACAAAUGUGACCGCGUUGGAGCUCUGCGAUAACCCAUUCAUCACCGGUGACGGGACUGGAAACGAAAUGAUUGUCUUCGACGCCUCUCCGAGCGUAAUCUCAUCCGCCCUCGACAGCGUGGUGUACAUCAACCUCAAAAGAGGCUUGACUCAAGACGAAAUCAAUGUACGCGUCGGCGAGAGUAGUGUCACCCUAGUCGCCCUCCUGAUGGCCAGCUGA